AUGCCACUCUCAGACACGGAAGAGUUUACCACUCUCAGGAGGAAACGUGUUUCCAUCCAGGCAGCCAUCACCAAUUUCACAACGAUCGUGGAGACAUACACACAAACUCCUACGAAUGACAGGAAGCCAUUUCAACUCCAAGCAGCUCUCCAAAGACUCAAGGAAAGAUUCAACGCAUUUCCCGACAUUCAAGAUCGUUUAGAAGAAUUGGAUGAAAAUGAAGUAUCAAAACGCUUCAAGGUGGAAGACGCCUACGACAAGGUUGUAGGAAAUGCUCUGGAACUCCUGGACCUCCAUCAACCACAAAAUCUGGCGCAAUCACCAUCACCAUUUCACACGGCAUCAGCAGCACCAGCCGUAAUUAAUCAAUUUCUUCAACGACCUCGCUUGCCAGAAAUCAAAAUUUCUGAGUUUGAUGGAUCAAUUGAAAGCUUCCCUCCAUUUUGGGACUCCUUCAAAACAGUGAUCCACGAGAACGCUGACCUACAGAACAUUCAAAAGUUCCAAUAUCUGCGAGGAUUACUCAAGGGGAGUGCUGCUGCUGCCAUCGGUUCUCUAGCAACCACAGAGGAAAAUUAUGCAACUGCCAUUGAGAUUCUCAAGAAGAAAUUUGACUGUAAGAAAAAGAUACUCCGUCGGCACUGGACAAUCAUGCGGGAUUAUCCACCUCUACAACGGGACUCUCCAGCAGCACUAGGACAGCUAGCAGACGUCAUGAACCAGAACAUCCAAGCACUGGAAACUCUUGGACAGGACGUCAAUAGCUGGGAUCUACCCCUCAUCGACCUGAUUACCCUGAAGCUGGCACCAGAAACGAUCUGGCAAUGGGAGCUCAAAACUCAAGGUACAGAGUUGCCUACCUACAAGCAACUACUAGAAUUUAUCGAAGCCAGAGCGACCUGCCAUGAUGCUAGAACAUCAACGUCGAGGAGCCAUCCUCCAACUUCUUCAGAGACAUCUUCCUCUGACAAGAAGAGAGAGAAGAAGCUCCGAAGACAAGCCUUUGUUGCUGCAUCAGCAGAUUCAUCAGCAUCAUCAUCUCCAUCAACGUCAGCGGCAUCAGCUCCAACGGGUUCAUCAUGCUUCCUCCAUUGUCGAACGAUACAUCGCCAUAUUGGAAAGUGUCCAGUAUUCAAGGGUCUCACUCCAGAACAGAGGUAUUCCAAGGCAAAGAGUGCUGGCUUGUGUAUCAACUGUCUCAAGCCAGGACACGAACGCUCAGUGUGCGUAUCACCAGCAGAUUGUUCAAUCUGUAAGGAUAGACAUCACACUCUUCUCCAUUUCAACACUGGGGAGAAGUCAACGUCCUCACAAUCUUGA